UUUCUUUUCAUAUGGGAUUCCUGUGGUAUAUUUGUAUCAUAUAUUACUGGUAGUUUUACCAUGCUACCUGCUAAGAUGUCUCUGAGUCUAACCUGUUCAACACCGACACAUUCAAAAAUACUUUUCAAAUAAUUUAAAAUGGUAAAAAGAGAAUUGAUCCUGGAAGGCAAAAGACAAGGAAUAUGGAACUUAUAACAGCAAAAGGUCAAAAGAAGAACGUUUAUCAUUGGUGGAUUUAUCCUUUUGAUCCAGUCAAUUUUGGUUUAUGAGAUUGCUUGAAAGCCGCUCAAAUGGCAAGAGAAAUAGAUUGCUUUUAUGUCACAAAAUCAAGGACAAGAAGACGAAGAAAUUUGUUUGUUUUUAUAAUAUUUUUAGUAAUCACUGUAGCCAUUUUUAGAAAACUUUUUUUACCAAAAUAUUCUGACAAUCCAAAAAUCGAAAAUUUCAUGAGAGACUGGUGUCGAGUCAGAAAAGCGAGCGUGGACUGGGAAGGAAUUCUUAGACCAUGUGAUGGUAUGACCGCCUGGGACACAAACGCCAAGGGGCUGAGACAAGAUCAACGAACUGACCCCGACUCGAGUUUGAUAUCAUUAUGGGAUAUCCGCCCUGCAGGUGAAUUCAGCAAGUUUAGCAUCCAGUCCAAAACGGCCAAAGGGGAAGUGAAGAGAAUUGGUGGCGACUCGUGGAGGGUUCACUUGAUUGGUCCAAGCUCCGUCGCUGGGACGUCAUUUGACCACACCAAUGGGACCUAUGAAGUUUUGUUCCUUGUUACCGUGCCUGGGGUGUACGCGGUUGACGUGGUCUUGGAGUAUUCACUGUGUGACGGCUAUACAGACCCACCGCCAAACUGGUUUAAAACAGGCAAUUCUCAGGGAAAAUAUCAGAAAGAAGGAAUUCUUGGUUCAACAAAGAAUCGUCCAUUCCUAUUCAAGAAGCUCUGGGGCGGAAGUCCAAUCACCAUUACCAUUCCAUAUCCUGCUCCAAAACAACCGAGCGUCCUCUCAGCGGUCAUGGCUCACAAAGAUCAUCUUGACCUCGGCUGCGGAUUUGAGUGCGAUAAGCUUUGGGACGGCUUUGGUAACUGGGUUGCUAUUGGCAACACUAUGCAGUGGAAACCCUUUGUGCCAGGAGACGAUAAAACAACAAACCCGAACUGGUUUGGAGAUCGCGUGCGCAAGAACAGCAUCUUAUGGAUCUAUGGUGACUCAGUUUCCGAGCAGUUUUACUCGGGAAUCCGCCAGCACCCACUGUGUAGCAGAGUGUUCAGAUGGUGCGGCCAUACGUAUAACUGGGUCUACAGACUGAAUGGUAACCUAACCAUGGCAAAAUCCCAAGAUGACGAUCUCGAUUUUGAUGACGUCAGAGUCAUCAAUGAACUCGAUGACGUCAUAAGUAAUUCAAUUUUCGACAAGAAUAGCGCCAUAUUGGUCAACGCAGGGCUGCAUUACCUCGAGAGCUCGAACUUUACGAACUACAAGAAGGUUGUAGAUAGUAUUAUUCGGUUGUUUCAAAGAGAUAAGCUUACUGGUGGUGAUCACGAGGUCAAGGUGUUUCCUGGAGAGAUGAUCUGGAAGACUACUACAUCGUUAUACAAGGAUAAACUGGACAGCAAACAUUUGCAAGCGAGAAGGUUCCUCACUUCACAGCAGCGUGUUCUGUUAUUCAACGCAUACGCAACUCAAGCCAUGUGUCGCGCUGGAUUCAAGGUUCUUGAUGUGUUUCCGCUGACCGAUUCGUACCCACACGGAACAGGAAAACCUGAACGACCUAAAGACGCAGUUCACUACCAACACUUUGUCUUUGAGUCCGUGGAGAGACUACUGGAAGAAUUUUUCAUAACAACGCAUGCGCAGUGAAUGUUAUGCGAUAUUCGAGAAAUUUAAGUUUAAAAAAAAUUCACUUGUUUGAUCCCAAGGAACCCUAUUUCGAUAAAAGUUUUAGAUGAAAAUAAAAUAUAUGAGUCCCCUUAA